AUGAACGAGCUGCCGGCGGACGUGCGCGCCUUUCUGCGCGAGCACCCGAGCCUGCGGCUGGAGCCCGGCGCCUGCAAGGUGCGGUGCGCUCUGACCGGCCACGAGCUGCCCUGUCGCCUGCCCGAGCUCCAGGUCUACACCCGCGGCAAGAAGUACCGGCGGCUGGUCCGCGCCUCCCCGGCCUUCGACUACGCCGAGUUCGAGCCGCACAUCGUGCCCAGCACCAAGAACCCGUGUCAGCUGUUCUGCAAACUCACCCUGCGACACAUCAACAAGUCCCCGGAGCACGUCCUGAGGCACACCCAGGGCCGGCGGUACCAGAGGGCGCUGCAGAAGUAUGAGGAGUGUCAGGAGCGGGGCGUGGAGUUUGUGCCGGCCUGCCUCCUACACAAGAGGAGGAGGAGGGAAGAGCAGCAGGAUGGUGACAGGCCGCCACGUCCUAGAGAAGCCUUCUGGGAGCCCCCGUCCAGCGAUGACGGCGCCGCCCCGAGUGACAGUGAUGACAGCAUGACAGACCUGUACCCGCCUGAGCUGUUCACCAAGGAGGACCUGGAGGCGCCCGGGCCUGGGGACAGCGCUGACGACUUUCUGACCGAGGAAGAGGAUGAGAGGCUGAGGGGCCCCCGAGAGACGGGCCCUGAAGACGGGGGGGCCCUGGGAGCGGGCCAGGAACGCGUCCUCAAGCGCAGGAAGAAACAGUCCAGCUCCUUGAAAAAGAAGUUCAAAAGUCACCACCGCAAACCUAAGAGCUUCAGCUCUUGUAAACAGUCGGGUUAAUGAAAGGUCGCUGGGGAAAACGCAUCGAGAGAAUUCUGAAAGUCCUCGGAAGUAGCCCGCCAGGGUCCCCAUGGGUCCAGCCGGUGUCCCAAGACCUGCUUGACGCACUCCUUGCUUGCUGCCCCUGCACGGCUGAGGUCUGAGCCCCACACCCAGGGAGCAGCACGGACCCCAAAGGAAGACCUCCGUCUGGACACGGUCUCGGGCAACGCCUGGCAGGGGCACCCAGAGAUUGCCCUGGCCAGGCCCCACCUGGCUGGCGGACACCAGAGG